GAACAACAAGUCAAAGAAAUGAUCCAACUGCAUACUCUUCCAGUUUCAAAGGGUUAAAAAAGAAAAACGUGCCAUUAGUAAAGGACAAAAUCGUAAAAAUAGCCCAAUCCCCUCUCUCCCUGCAUAAACCUCUAUUCACUUCCAUCUCCCAUUCACUCCCCCUGCCGCUUUUCCUUCUUCACUUUUUUCUCUCCUCAUUCUUCUUACACUCCACACAACUUUAUUUGUUUUGUUUGAAGAUUAUUUAGCUUUUACAAAAAUGGCUUCAAGAGCGAUUUUGAGAAGAAGAAGUUCCAUUAAUCAAUACUUCAACGCUUCAUCAUCUUCGAUUUCAUCUUUUCACUCUCCGUUACGUUCUUUCGCUACAAAACCUUACACUCCUCAAUCCAACGGUUGCGAUGAAGUUUCACGUUCCAAAGAGGAAUUAUUAUUCAAUCAUUCACCGGUUUUGGGAAAUUACGUUCGUCGAUUCACGACUACGAGUUUCAAGAACGAUUUUACGAGAUCGAAUUUGUUGAAUGAGUCGAUUGGUGUGAGGUGGUUGUCGCAGUCGUCAUCUGCGGCGACUGCGACAACUGCGAAGAAUGAUGAACCGGAGAGUGAUGAUUUGGUUGCGAAGAAGCGGAAAGAAGCUUCUCCUGAGGAAUGCGAUCAAGCGGUUGAAGGUUUAACAACUGCGAAAGCUAAAGCUAUGGCGAAACGUUUGCAAGAAUCUCAGAAAGAAGUACAGAGUGUUUUUCAGCGAGUUUGGAGUGUUGUGCUGAGUGUUUCGCAACGAGUUUGGUCUUCGUUUUUAGGGAUUGGUCCUGCUUUGAGAGCUGUAGCUUCAAUGAGUAGAGAGGACUGGGCCAAAAAACUUGUUCACUGGAAAGAGGAGUUUGUAUCGACGUUGAAGCAUUACUGGUUGGGUUGUAAACUGCUGUGGGUUGAUGUGAGAAUCAGUUCCAGGUUGAUGAAGAAGCUUGCUAAUGGGAAGAGUCUAUCUAGAAGGGAGAAACAGCAACUGACACGGACUACUGCCGAUAUCUUCAGGCUAGUUCCUGUUGCAGUUUUCCUUAUUGUUCCCUUUAUGGAAUUCCUUUUGCCAGUGUUUCUUAAGUUAUUCCCCAACAUGUUGCCAUCAACAUUUCAGCACAAGAUGCAAGAAGAGGAAGCAUUGAAAAGGAAACUCAAGGCAAGAAUAGAGUAUGCAAAGUUUCUCCAAGAUACAGUCAAAGAAAUGGCAAAAGAAGUUCAAAACUCCCGUGGUGGAGAACUAAAGAAAACAGCUGAAGAUCUUGAUGACUUUAUAAACAUGAUUAGAAGAGGUUCAAUUGUCUCUAAUGAGGAAAUUUUGGGUUUUGCUAAAUUGUUUAAUGACGAACUUACUCUAGAUAAUAUAAGCAGGCCCCGAUUAGUAAAUAUGUGCAAGUACAUGGGUAUCAACCCUUUUGGCACCGAUGCAUACUUACGAUAUAUGCUACGAAAACAUUUACGGAAGAUUAAGGAAGAUGAUAAAUUGAUUCAAGAAGAAGGUGUAGCUUCUCUUUCAGAAGCUGAACUCCGGGAAGAUUGCAGAGAGCGAGGCAUGCUUGGGUUGCUUUCUGUUGAAGAAAUGCGCCAACAGCUUCGAGAUUGGUUAGACUUAUCUUUGAACCACUCUGUGCCAUCAUCUCUUUUGAUACUUUCAAGGGCAUUUACUGUGUCUGGGAGAUUGAAACCAGAAGAAGCUGUGCAGGCUACACUUUCUUCUCUCCCUGAUGAGGUUGUAGAUACUAUACAAGUUACAUCUUUACCCUCUGAGGAUUCUGUCUCAGAAAGGCAGAGAAAAUUGGAGUUCCUUGAAAAACAGGAAGAACUUAUUAAGAAGGAGGAAGAAAGAGAGGAGGUGGAGCAAGCAAGAAUUGAGAUGGAUCCUAGUCGAGAAGAUAAGGCCUUGAAUGAGAUGAAUAUUUCAACGGCAAAAGAAGCACAUCAACUUGCCAGAACCAGAGCAGUGGAAAACAAAGAUCAGCUGUGUGAAAUUAGUCGUGCAUUAGCUGUUUUAUCUUCUGCAUCGUCUGUAAGUACAGAGCGUGAAGAUUUUCUACGACUAGUUAAUAAAGAGAUAGAACUUUAUAACAGCAUGGUAGAGAAAGAAGGUUCAAAUGGUGAAAAAGAUCCCAUUGAGACGUAUAAAGCUGCCCGAGAGAAACAUGAGCAUGCUGCUGAGUCAGAUGAUGAUGGGGAUAAGGUGUCAUCCGCACUCAUAGAAAGAGUUGAUGCUAUGCUCCAAAAUCUUGAGAAGGAAAUAGAUGAUGUGGAUGCCAAAAUUGGCAACCGAUGGAGGCUGCUGGAUAGAGAUUAUGAUGGGAAAGUAACACCGGAGGAGGUAGCAUCGGCUGCAAUGUACUUAAAGGAUACAUUGGGCAAAGAGGGCAUCCAAGAACUCAUCAGCAAUCUUUCUAAAGAUAAAGAUGGGAAGAUAUUAGUUGAGGAUAUUGUUAAAUUGGGCGGUUGGAAGGAAGAAGAUGGACAUACAGCUGAAGAUGAAAGACCAUGAGUGUAUGAUCGGGUCUGGAUUUAUCGCGUCGUUUCAGUCGUCGUGGUCGACGGGGAAGAAAGAAAUCCCUCACUUGCCUUCCACAUGCAAAAUUAUUUGUUAUUCCAUGCUACAAAAAAUCUGGCACACAUAUAUUUUAGGCCAAUUGAAAUCUCUUCUGCAUUGAUUUUGUAUUAAUAAGUAGUUCAAGUGUAGCAGUCGGAUGAAAGUGGAGUGUGUAUAAGCUCUGUAAAUUUUUGACAGCUGAUCACACAAAUAUAUACUCUCACAUUUACACAUGAUAGUUAAGUUGAUCAGGGGAAGUAUAAAUGAGACAAUGUAUUAUUUUUAGUAGGUUUUGCUACCUAUAGAUUUAAAGACUUACGAUAAGAAAAAUUAUUAAAUGAAAAUAAGAGCAUUUUUGGUAA